AUUAAGAAGGUGGGGCAUGUUUGUCACUCAUGGUACAUAAAUAGAGCAAAUGACAAUAACCUAGAUAAGACUGAUUCUUCAUCCUGCUAAAAUCGUUUUAAUUUGGAUCACACAUUUUUCACUAUCUGCCAUGUAUUUGCGCUGGUUAAUGUUUUUUCUUGCUUUUGGUUGGGUGACCGCUACUGAUAACUGCAGUUAUAAGGGACUUAUUGAACAUCUUGGCUUAGACAGCGAUAACUUUCAGAUGAAGUCUCUCCGCCCGGUGUAUAACUUUAGCAACCCUACUGGAGUUUUGGUAGACUUGUUUGUGACCUCCAUCACAGAUGUGAAUGAAAAAGCCCAAAGCUUCGCAACACAGAUCACACUUGUAUUGGGUUGGAUCAAUGAAUUCACAAGGUGGAACGACAGCAACUUUUGUGGGCUCCAAACAUGUACAAUUGAUAAAGAUAAGAUGUGGAUACCAGACAUUACCAUUGCCGAAAGCAUCAAAGCAGAAUUUGCAGCUGUGGAAAAUCCUUAUGUAAAGAUGUUCAAUUUUGGUGGUGUACUCCUGUCCGAAACCUUAAUCUUGACCACCGCCUGCAAGAUGGACCUGUACAAGUUUCCCUUUGAUGUCCAAACAUGCGAGCUGACAGUUCAGUCUUCAUUGAAUUCAAUCGAUGAGCUUACAGUCAAUCCAUUUUCUGAUGCCUCAUUUAUGACUGCCAGCUCUAAGAAGGCUUUUCAAACUCAAGGGGAGUGGGAACUCCUCAGCAUUACCGUGUCUAAAUCCAAUAUGUCUACUCUUGGAUAUGUAUUGGAUCAGCUGAAAUUUCAGAAUACAGGGGUCUCUGGCUCCCUCCAAUGCGGAAAAGUGGUCCGUAGCAUUCCACUAGUCGUCCUCCCUUUGGUUCACAACUUGCAGUCCCGGACCAACCCUCCGGCAAUGGGCAGCGUGCACCCAGGUGGCACGCUGUGCGACCUUCACGGCGGUGUGGGUUGUCAGCAGAAACCUGAAAUGGCCCCUCCCACCGUCUCGCCUUCCAGGAUUUCCUCCUCAGGUUUUUCACCAACCCGAAAUCUCCUGGUUUGA